AUAUUUUCCAGUCAGACUGGCGAGUUAGUAACGUACCACCAAGAGGAAAUCAACCAACUACUGCCUAAAGAAGGAUGGGUAGAAGAAGAUCCGAUAGAAAUUUUGGCGUCAGUGCAGACCUGUAUUGAGAAAGCUGUCAACAAUCUCAAAGCCCUGGACAUCAACCCUACCAAUAUCAAAACCAUUGGGAUCACGAAUCAAAGGGAGACAACUGUGGUUUGGGACAAGCUGACAGGGAAACCUCUAUACAAUGCCAUAGUAUGGCUUGACAUGAGGACAGCUAGCACUGUAGAUAACUUGGUGAACAAGACUCCACAGAAGAACAAGGACUACCUCAGACCUAAAUGUGGCCUUCCUAUAACUACCUACUUCAGCGCCGUCAAGCUGAGAUGGCUGAUUGAUAACAGUGAAGAAGUUCAAAGUGCUAUUAAAGAUGGACGCUGCUUAUUUGGGACUGUCGACUCCUGGCUGUUAUGGAACCUAACUGGAGGGAAGGAUGGAGGGAAACAUUUGACAGACGUCACUAAUGCCAGUCGAACCAUGCUGAUGAACCUCCGAUCACUGGACUGGGACACCAGUCUAUUGAAGUUCUUCGACAUUCCUGCAGAAGUCCUACCAGAGAUCAGAAGUUCUUCUGAGGUGUAUGGUCAGCUGGUUUCUGGUCCUCUUAAGGGUCUCAACAUCUCUGGGAUACUUGGAGACCAGCAGGCGGCUUUGGUGGGUCAAAUGUGUUUCAAACCUGGACAGGCCAAAAACACGUAUGGUACUGGCUGUUUCCUUCUAAUGAAUACUGGGACAGAGGUGUGUGAGUCCAACCAUGGUCUAUUAACAACGGUUGGAUAUCAGCUUGGAAAAGACAAACCUGUUGUGUAUGCUCUUGAGGGAGCUGUUGCUAUAGGUGGUGCUUGUGUUCGCUGGCUCCGUGACAACCUGGGAAUCAUCAAGACUUCAGAGGAAAUAGAGAAACUAGCCGCAGGAGUUGACAGUGUGGGAGGGUGUUAUUUUGUACCAGCCUUUUCAGGUCUUUUCUGUCCCUACUGGCAGUCAGAUGCAAGAGGGAUCAUAUGUGGUCUGACACAGUUCACCACAAAAUGCCACAUUGCUAGGGCAGCCCUGGAGGCUGUCUGUUUUCAGACAAGGGAGAUUCUAGAAAUCAUGAACAAGGAUAGUGGUAUCCCCUUAAUGUCUCUGCAAGUCGAUGGAGGAAUGACGGCUAAUACUCUACUCAUGCAGAUGCAGUCUGAUCUCCUGGGCAUUAAUGUUGUUCGACCUUCCAUGCCGGAGACUACAGCUUUAGGCGCAGCAAUGGCAGCAGGUUAUGCUGAGGGUAUAUGGGACAUUGAGGACAGUGCUGAAGCUACUAUCACCACUGAUGUCUUCAACCCUGCCAUCAGAGCUAAAAAUCGUGAUGAGCGUUUUGCAAGAUGGAAGCUUGCUGUGGAGAGAUCUAUGCAUUGGGAAGUUCCCACACCCAUACAGGGAACUAUGCCGAACCUGUACAGCAGUCUCGCCGCCGGACUGUACCUAUGGACCAGCUGUGCCUUAUUAUUAGCAGCAGAACUUAUACACAAGAGAUAACAUAUAGCCAGGUUGUAGGUACCCUAUACUCCAUUUCUAUAGAAAAUUGUUUAUGUUUUUAUUGUCAAAAUAUUUUUAUUUAGAUGUAUUUUUAUGAUCUUCGGAUCGUUUAUGUCAUAGAAUUACAACGAAUCACACAUAUCAAUCCUAACGUUGCUCAUUCUAGUCUUCAGGUGUGAUUUCUAACUGAUGAAAUAUUUGAGACAUGAAAUCAUUUACCAAUGACAUUGUUUCAUGUACAACUUUGUAUGUUUUUUUUAUCAGGAUUGCAUGUAACAUUAUAAAUCCACAGGUU